AAGCCUAGGGGUAUCCGCGCUGCGCGCAAGCUCAAGAACCACCGCAGGGUCGAGAGGUGGUCCGACAAGCAGUACAACAAGGCUCAUUUGGGCACCCAGCUGAAGGCUAACCCCUUCGGAGGCUCUUCGCACGCCAAGGGCAUCGUGCUCGAGAAGCUCGGCAUUGAGGCUAAGCAGCCUAACUCUGCCAUCCGUAAGUGCGUCCGUGUCCAGCUCAUCAAGAACGGUAAGAAGAUCGCUUGCUUCGUCCCCCGUGACGGUUGCUUGAACUUCAUCGAGGAGAACGACGAGGUGCUCGUGGCUGGCUUCGGUCGCAAGGGUCACUCCGUGGGUGAUAUUCCCGGCGUCCGUUUCAAGGUGGUCAAGGUCUCGAACGUGGGUCUCUACGCCCUCUGGAGGGAGAAGAAGGAGAAGCCCAGGUCUUAA